AUGUCUCAGGCGACCAUGUUUUCUCGGAGAUAUGCCAGAAACCUGUACUUUGAUAAUAAAAAGUCGGACCACGAACUUUUAGGAGAGUAUUCUAUAUCGUUUAAAGACUGCGCAGAGAAGUGUCGUAAAGAUUGUGGAGUCUUUGGAUAUAAUGAUGGAUUGAAGAAGUGCCGGCUCCACAGGAAUCUCAACACUUCUUUGGUGUCUGAGGAGGCAGGCUGGAAAUAUUUUUUUCAUUAUCUUUUACCUGUAGAUUGUAAGGACCUCCUUGAUAAUGGUCACAAUUAUACAGGUGUGUACGACAUCUAUCCCUAUGGUACCAGCUCCCUCCCUGUAAGAGUGUACUGUGAUUUGGAGACAAUGGGCGGAGGAUGGACGGCAUUUCAAAUGAGAAAAUACGGAUCCCCGAGCUUUGACAGGAAUUGGGCAGACUACAAGAAUGGUUUUGGUGAACCGGAAAAGGACCUCUGGAUCGGAAAUGACGUGAUCCAUCAAUUAACAAAGAGAGCGGCCUCAUCCCUCUAUGUUUCUAUCAAACUAGAGAAUGGUACCAGACUGUACGAGAUGUAUGAUCGCUUCUCCAUUUCCAAUGAAACAGAGAAGUAUAAACUCUUUCUGGCGGGACCUGCCACGGGAACCCUAGGUAUGUAA